UACGUCAGGGUACCUAGCUUUUGCACAACAACAUGCACAAACCAAACCGAUCAUGAAUGUAAUGACAUCGGAUUGACGGAGUAAUAUUUUGUCGGUGCAUUAAUUUAUUGAGAUAUCAUGGCAUCAUCAUUCAUUGAAGAAGAGCUUGCAGAGGUAAAGAGGAGGUGUCUGGAAGAGAUCAGAGGGUCUGAACUCAUCGCCUGCCAUGCAGUGUCUGUCAGAGUCAAGAUGACGAGGACUAAGUUUAAACAGUUGGAUGCCUGCCUGCAGUUCUCCGACGGCUACCCAGACACUGCCAUCGUGGUGGAGAUCAAAAGCAAGACGAUUCCUGAGAAGCUUCGAGAGGGUUUAGUCAGGAUAUGCGACAAUGAAGCUAAGAAACUACUCGGCAAACAACAGGUGAUGCCAAUGUUGAAAUUCAUUCGCCAGUUCAUCGAUGAUAACCCCUUCACACCUUGUAGCGAGGAGCUCGCGUUCAUCAAGAAGGAACUGGUGGAGGCACAAGACACGUUCAAAACGAAACAGAAAGCUGGAGUCAUCGUCUACACGAUACGGAAAUUAGAGUACUUCUUGAAGGUCAAGUUGACUGUGCCUGACAAUUAUCCUGAAGAACAAGUCCAAAUUGGAGACAUCGAGCAUAAUUUCCCUGAGAUGUUCUCCAAGAUGUUCUCCUCACAAGCUGUGGAGAUCGCCAGGCAGAGUGUGACGCCACCACUCAAAAAGAACCCUAAAGACCCGCCCUUUGAGGUUAAGCCAUCCCUUCGACCUGUUUGUGAGUUUCUUGUCCGAGAGUGUGUACGCAAAUAUCCAGCAGAGCUCUGUCACUUAUGCCAGGACACAGCCUUCCCAAAGAGACCAGAGCAUGUAGUUAACGAUCCGACACACGGCAGACAUGUAGAAUGGAUGUACUGUGGUCACAUAUUCCACCAUGGUUGUGUAGAUGAGUACAUGAAGACACCACCUUUCACAGGGGGCAAGAAAUGUCCCAAGUGCGCCAAGAGACUGUACCACAACAAAUGGAACGUGACCCCUAAGCUUGCCGAGGAGAGGUGGGCUCACCACCAAGCCCGACAACGAGAGCUGGAGGAAGUGACAGACUUUCUACAGUAGGACACAUCCGUAGUAACCGAAAUCUAUUUAAAAUGGCCAUCCCCUCUGGUCAUGAGCGGCAAGAUCACGGAUGCAGUUCUCUUUCUAGAUAAAAGCAGCUGUCGACCCACCUGUCAGACAGGACCCCCUUCUCUCGGUAAAAUGUCUCCUGCUUUGAAAUCAGAUGCCAGGCAACAUGUUAAAAGGGAAUCCGAAUGUAGCGAGCUGGAAGACGUGAGAUGGCAGAACAAGUAAAACCAGAAAAGCUCCACUAUUUGGACAUCCUCCAGUUGCCAGCAAGCAGUAGAACGCCAACCACAGUGUGUGCACUAGACCCAGCUGCAAGCUACAUGUGAGCAACUUGCCCCUUGGUCAAAGAUUCUGCAAGAUGGACUUCCACACACUGUGCAACGCUCAGGCUGGGAAGGCAUGUUAGUGCAUAAGACAAGAUCAGCACAUGCAGCGUGCCGAAGCUGAUCUUGGUGAGAUGCAGUGCACUCGUGGUAUCAAAUUCUUUACUGACUGCAAAUCAUGCAGCAUGGUAUCUUGUGAAGACGGACAAGACAGUUGUAGGAUUCCAUCCGAUAUGGGUACUAUGAUCGAGUGGAAGCUGGUUUCCAUUAUUAGCAAUAUUCCCCUUUCUGGCCGGUAAUGGCUGGCUCAAACCCCAGCCAUUUUGGUCAAACCGUACAAAGCUAUAAUCUUAAUCAUGUUCAAUGCAGCAAGAUUGUAUGUAAUUUUAUUUGCAUCAGAUUGAUCUUAGAUUUAUCAGAUACCUCCCAGUUCCUCAAAACAGUUGUUCCGCACCCCAACUUUUAUUACAAAAAAGUACUUGACAAGUAUGUGCCGAUCAGGCAUUUAGUGAUCUGUAUGCUUUGCACUCAGUUGAACCUCAUUAACCACUUCCUGCUGGGGACUCCGGAAUCAGAGAUGUAUGGUUUAUAUGCGUGGCCAGGGUCUCUG